CGAACAACUCAGAUGUUAAAAGGACGUUUCCAUGGAAUAUAUACAUUUAAUUAAAUACAUUCCGCAAAGUAUCUUAUCUUAAGUUGAUUACGUCUAUUGAAAAAAAAAUAACAAAACGGCGUAUAUAUAUGCGAGUCGGCUCUUAACGUUAACCUAACUGACCCGUCUCUUUCGAGAGCGACACUUCACUAUGCGACGCGUCAACGAGUCCGCCAUAUUGAAAAGGUCUACGGUCUAAACUCGGCUGAAGCUUUCUUAUGUACAGACGAUUUUUCACCAGCUAUGCUGGUGUCCGAAACGUAAAAACGAUGCCUUAUAAAGCUGUAUUUGGAACCAGGAAAGCAUUGUGUCUGAAUCGUAUAGUUUGCAGCCUUCUGAGAUGACUUAAUCUGGUCGGUUUUUGAAGCUAGCAUACAUGUUACCUUUCGCCUUCCUACAUAUCCCAUAAUGCAGCAUGCCAGCCAGCUUGUAAAAAUGGCGGCGGAAAACACAGGGGAGUGAGUGAAGACAAAUACGUUAUUUGUAAUUUUUUUUGUUUAAGGUUUUAUUUAUGGAGAGAAACAGCUUAUGUGCUCACAGAAUAUAUGCUUUAUUUCCCCAACGAUACUUCAUUCCAUUUCGCAUAAUUGACUUUAGGGUUAGUGGCCGUUAGCGUAUGUAGGUAUCCAAGCAACGUGGUGACGUAUCUGCCUUCGAGGUCCGUCUCGAACCGAUUCAUGGUAAAGGUGUCGAAACGCUGCCUAAAACAGUUAUGAAACAGCAAAUCGCCAAAGGAAUCAAGUGUUCUGUUUCCGACACAAACUGUCCAUGAUGUCUGUGACAAACAAGAGCGUUUUCCCUCAGAUAGCCUUAAGGUCUGAAGUGCAGGAAUAUCUUCACAAUGUCUACACGAACAAAGAGCUCGUGUCUGAACUCGGAAAGGAGGAGGCAGAGAGUGUGUUUGAUUCACUGCUGUCCUGUCUGUCCCACCCACCCACACUCACCUGCCUGAGAGCCAGCACACACAUACACACUCUACAGGACAUCCAACACAGGCUGGAGCAGCACCUUGCACAGCAACGAGGGAGUGGUUGUUAUGGUGACAGUUUUUCCACACCCAUCCUGACUCACCCACAACUUCCAGAUGUGCUGCUGCUGCCGGUCAGAGGGCCGAGGGAUGUGAGUAUUCUGAGUGCUGAAGUGAUGCUCGGUGCACAGUGUGGCAGUGCGGUACUGAGAGGAGCUCAUGUCUUUGCUCCGGGUGUCCUCAGUGCACCGAAGUUUAUGAAAGCAGGUGACGCAGUGUCGGUGUUCUCAGAUGUGGAGGGCAGGUGCACACGAGGAGCUAAAGAGUUCCUGGGGAAGAAGGUCUUCUUGGGGAAUGGUGUGUGUGUGAUGAACCGUUCUGAUAUAUUCUGUGCAGAAGGACCAGUGAGAGGCGUGGCCAUUAGGAUGGUAGACGCUCUUUACCAAAGCCCAUCCUUUGAUGGCGUGCUGCCAAAUGAAGUGUUCCUGCAGAACCUCCCGUCAGUAGUGGUGGGCCAUGUUUUGGGGCCUCGUCCUGGUGAGAGGAUCUUGGACAUGUGUGCAGCUCCUGGAGGAAAGACUACACACAUAGCUGCUCUCAUGGCUGAUCAGGGAGUGGUAGUGGCUCUGGACAAGAUCAAAUCCAAAGUGGAGAAGAUCAGUGAGAAUGCUCAGGCUCUGCGUCUACACUGCAUUAAAGCGCACUGUUACAACAGCAUACAGGCCGUCUGCUCUGAUCUUACCCACGACUGUAGUACAGCAGACACUCCUCCGUUCCCAGAAGAGAGUUUUGAUCGGAUAUUAUUAGACGCCCCAUGCAGUGGGAUGGGACAGAGACCUAACAUGGCGCUCAACUACGGUCUCAAGGAAGUGUGCUCAUACCAGCCUUUACAGAGAAAACUGUUCCGCACGGCUGUGCAGCUCUUGAAGAAGGGAGGUGUGUUGGUGUAUAGUACCUGCACUGUAACGCUUGCUGAGAAUGAAGAGCAGGUGGCCUGGGCAUUGAAAACAUUCCCUUGUUUAACUCUGGAGCCACAGGAGCCACACCUUGGAUCCCAAGGCAUGCCUGGAGCCGAAUUAUCAUGUGACCAGCGGAGGCUGCUGCAGAGGUUCCGCCCAGAAUUAUCAUGGCGCGAGGGUACUGACAGUCACGCCUCUAACGAUCUCCUGCUAAAAGCCAACACAGACACUAUCGGGUUCUUCAUAGCGAAGUUCAGCAAGAGAUAACGCACGUUCGCUCAGACACGUGUUCCCGAAGCAGCUCGAGGAGGCCGAUGGAAACGAGUGCCUGGGAGGGAGGGCUGAACGGACGGCAUGAAUGGAGGGGAGAGAAGGGGUGGUGCCAUGCGUAGUUCUGCUUCCGUUGCCAUGACAACAGUGACGCAGCGGCUGCUAUGGUGAUGGUUGGGUUUGCGUGACCAUUGGACUGUGACCAGGAAGCAACAUGCAGCCAGAGGACACGAUGGUAUUGACAGUUUCUCACACACACAGCCAAUGACCAGAAGCUGAAUUCGUUAAUCAACAGAUGCGAGCACUGAACAGUUUUUUUUUUUUUUUUUUUUUUUUUUUUUUUUUUUUAAUUAUUUUUUUAAAAUGGAGAAGCGGAGCCGGUUUUUAAUCAAAAUGCCGGAAGAAUAUUAAGAAGAUGGACACAUGGAAAUGAACAUGCUUUAAUAUUUAGUGCGCGCACUUUGUAAACGAACACAGAUAAACCUUCUGAAAGCAGAUACCUUUUUAAAUAGUUAUUUUAGACGAUCGCACCGGCAGAUCUGACACCAGAGCAGUGAUUUAAGUGGUCAGGCAAUAAAGAAAUUCGAUUGAACUGAUCUCGUGUAAAGAGACAUACACCCGGAGGGAAAGUUCAUUUGGGUCCAUCACUCCUAUAUAAUUGACGUGUCUUUAAGACUCGUCGUCUAAUGUUGGGGUUGUCUAUUUAAGUAGACGAAUCCCGAUUUAGAAGAAAGUUCAUUGUAAGGAGCUGCACAGGAUUUGAUGGUUAGCGAGUGUGAACGUGGGGGUGUCUGGAAGCAUUUUCGCACCCAAAAUUAGACUUCAGCACCAUCGUUGCUGCUGUUAUGACGACUUAAAAUGACUGCCUCCCCACCUGGGACAUUCACAGAUCUUUCAGCAUCCUAUUUAUAGUGACCAAUCGGAACCAUUUCAUCAUUCCUCCUUUCGGGAACGCGCACACACACACACACACACACACACGCAGAUUUUGGAUGAAUCUUAGUAGACAGUAAUCACCAUAUACAGGCAAUAUGUAACAAGUCACAGACUAAAAAUGUACAGUAUAAUUCCUCCCUGCAGAUCUUGAAACAAAUGAAGAGGGAAAUCAGGGUGGAGAAUCGUGUUGGUUAUUUUAGGAGCACAGCUGAGAUUUGCUUGAGAGCAUUGUGUGUGUGUGCGCAUGCAUUAAAGGCAGGGGCAUGUGCUUCACUGUAGUUCACUCACAAAUCAAUUAAAUCAAUCAAAUUGCACGUGUAUAUUUGCAUAAAACAGAGAAUUAAAGAAUUCAUGGGACUAAACACACACACACAAACUGUAUAUGUAUCCAGUCAACCAAUCAUAUGGUAGCAGCACAAUGUAUAGGUCAUGCAGAUACUUGAAACCCAUAGAAAACCUGUGGGGUGACCUGAAGAGGAGAUGUGAAGGAUCUGGAGAGAUUCUGUAUGGAGGAACGGUCUCAGAUCUCUCACCAUGUAUUCUCCAACCUCCUCAGGGAUUAUAGGAGAAGACUCAGAGCUGUUAUCUUGGCAAAGGGAGCCAGCACAAAGUACUGACUAAAAGGCCGGCAAUAAUUGUGGCACACCUAUAUUUAACAAACGUAUAUAAAGUACACCUGUGUUUUGUUUGCAAUUGUUUGAUAUCCAUGAGAGCAGAGUAUAUCUGUGAAUGUUUUGGACAAAAAUUUAACCAAUAAAGACCAUUUUUUUCACAGC